AUGUUCAGUCACUGCCUUCUAUCUCUUACUAUUACUAUUGUAAUUACUAUCAUUAGCAAUCAAGCAUUCAUUCUACAGUGCCAGAACUGUUGGUGUAUACCGGAUUAUUGUGUGCAAACCGUACCUCGAUCAUUGUGCCCUUGCGAUGGAACGCAAAAACCGUGUAGUCGAACAACAGCUGAAGUGCAAACAAUACUCACUGGUAUUAAUGCCUACCAACAACAACAACAACAAUUUAUGUUACCGCAUGCACCGGUCAUGAAAUAUUACCUCAUUCAACAGCCAGUUCAAUCAAUACCGCCCCAAAUAUCUGGUCAACUAAUGGUAGAAAACCAGCAGCAACAGCAGUUCAUGCAAACGCUAACUUCGCUGCAACAACAGAUUUUAUCUCAGCAAAUGAGAACAGGAGGAAUACAACAACCCAGUAUGCCACCUGUUUACGUUGUCCGAACUGUGGAGCAACCGGGUCAAGUGCUGCGGCAGGUACAACAAAUACCGGCAUCAAUAACAUCAUCACAGUAUGUACCUGCAAUAGCGGUACAGCAGGCACCAAUGCUACAAACACAAUUAAUGGUCAUACCUUCAGUGCAACAAGUGAUACCGCAGACACAGCAGUUUGUUUUGCCCCUUCAGGUUCCCAUGCAAACAGUUACUUUGCAAGUUCCGGUAACGAUGGCAGAACAUUGUACUCCUCGGAAAAAUGUUUGUCCAGUGGGAUUGCCAUCCGUUCAUGCUGUCACACAAUGUGACAAUGUCACGGACACUACAGCCACUCGUUGUAUUACGGUCGAAGAAGCACGACGAUUGUACACCUGCCUUCCAUAUUUUAAUUUCGAUAAAUUGUGGGACAAUUAA